CGGGUCGCAAAUCAUCAACUCGCCCACGAGCCGUUUUGAGACGAUUUUCAAGAUGACUCUUUCAGUGACUCUUUACGCUAACACACACACCUCACUUUCACUCAGGCCUCUCAUAAAACCUGCGUGAGGAAUCGAGGGUGAGGACAUUCGUUCUAGAAUUCUGUUUUUUUCUUCAUUCAUUUCAUCACAAGCCGAUCAUUUUCACAAAAUGUCGCCCUUCAAUCUCGAGACCUGCGCCAGGCCAAACAUCCUCGCUUUGGAACCUUAUCGCUGCGCGCGCGAUGACUACAAGGACGAUGGCACCAACAUCCUCCUAGACGCCAACGAGAACGCCUACGGGCCCCCGGUCCCCUCGAACUUGGGUGGUACCGGCUCCGGCUCCGGUGGUCCCGAGCUCGACCUCCUCGGCCUGCACCGCUACCCGGACCCUCACCAGCGCGACCUCAAGCAGCUUUUGUGCAACCUGCGCACGACCCACGCGCACACCUCCAAGCUCCUCACGCCCGACAACCUCUGCGUGGGCGUCGGCUCCGACGAGGCCAUCGACGCUCUUCUCCGUUGCUUCUGUGUUCCCGGCCGCGACCGCAUCCUGGUCUGCCCGCCCACCUACGGCAUGUACUCCGUGUCCGCGCAGGUGAACGACGUCGGGCUCGUCAAGAUCCCGCUGCUGCCGGCGCCUUCCUUCGCCGUCGACGUGCCGCGCGUGCUCGAGGCUUUGUCUACGGAACCCAACAUCAAGAUCAUCUACCUCUGCUCGCCGGGUAACCCCACGGGCUCGCUGCUCGCCAAGGAGGACAUCCGCCAAGUCCUCGAACACCCAACCUGGAACGGCGUCGUGGUCGUCGACGAGGCCUACAUCGACUUCGCGCCCGACUCGGCCUCGCUGGCCGAUUGGGUCAACGAGUGGCCGAACCUAGUCGUCAUGCAGACUUUGUCCAAAGCCUUCGGCCUGGCCGGCAUCCGCUUGGGAGUGGCCUUCACAUCCCCUCCCAUCGCCAGACUUUUGAACAGCCUCAAGGCGCCCUACAACAUCUCUUCGCCGACCAGCGCGCUGGCCAGCUACGCGCUGGGGCCCGAGGGCCUGCAGGUGAUGCGCGCGAACAAGGAGAAGCUGAUCCAGCAGCGGGAGAGGCUGGUGGCGGAGCUGCCGCUGGUUCCGGGCGUGGGCAAGUUGGCGGGUGGUGAGAGCAGCAACUUUUUGCUGUACGAGAUGCUGGAUAAGGAGGGCAAGCCGAGCAACGAGACGGCGCUGAAGGUGUAUGAGAAGUUGGCGGAGACGAAGGGGGUGGUGGUCCGGUUUAGAGGUAAGGAGCAUGGGUGCGAGGGGUGCUUGAGGAUUACGGUUGGUACGGAGGAGGAGGUUACGAGGUUUUUGGCGGCGUUGAGGGAGGCGUUGAAGGAGGUUAGGGGGGAGUAAAUGUGGUCGGGUGUUGGGUGAAGUGUUUCUAGACUGGAGGCAUAUUUAGACUAAAAUUGAAAGUUCUUGAGCUCA